CCGGAGACUGGAAAACAAACGGUGUCAUCUUUAAAAUACUUUAUAUAAAUAUUACUUCAAGUGAACAGUUUGGUGGAUUUGGACCUAUCUCAAUACCUCUAGACUUAGGCUAGCUUACAUUUGUGUACAAAGACUAGACAAGAACUGAAGAAGUGAACGCAAUGGAAGAAACCAAAGUUAACCCAUACGACCCAUCUACCGAUGGGACCAAUGUAGAAACCAAAGUUAACCCAUACGACCCAUCUACCAAUGGGACCAAUGGGACGUACGUCCCGCCUACCAACCCGACAUACGACCCGUCUACCAAUGUGGCAUACGGCGACGCGGCAUACGGCAACGCGGCAUACGGCAACGCAGCAUACAACAACGCAGGGUACCCCGCCGGGCCCACCGCCCCGAUGGAUGGAAGUGCUCCUCCGGCAUAUAAUCCUGCUCCAAUGGUCCAACCAAUGACUGUUGGCGUACCUGUCACUACAAUGAUCACACGACAAGGCUUAGCGCCUCCAAGGCCACAGAGUUUCAUCAUCCAUAACGUCCUGAUGCUACUCUUCUGUUGCUGUAUCUUUGGGAUCAUCGGUGUCGUGAAAGGCUCACAGGUUGAUAGUUUCUAUAUUCAAGGCAACUACGAUGCGGCCAAUGCAGCGUCUCUCUCAGCCAAGAAAUGGUUCAACUGGGGAUUGAUUGUCGGGGUUGUUGUUUAUGUUGUCGCCGUGGUUACGUGGAUGAUUCUUAUCUUCAGCUAAAGUGAAAUACAAAUAAAAAUAGAGAUACAAUUAAAAUGUAUUGAACUCUUCUAUUCAUUCAUAUGCUACAAGAAAUGCAAGUAGUUUCCUUAUACCCAUAGCUACGACUUUUUUUUUUUUUUUACAAAAACGGAUAACCUUCAAUGGACCUUUGUUAUGGAGUCGUCUUCCACCUGACAUCAAAAAUUGUUCUUCAUUGUAUUUAUUU